UAUGCUUGAAAGACUAUACAGAAGAAUCUGGUACGUUUACUUCUCCAAACUUCCCCAAUGAUUACCCCAACAACUGGCAGUGCAUUUAUAGGAUCACAGUGGGAACCAGCCACCAGAUUGCAUUGCAUUUCAUGAACUUCUCCUUGGAGGAGGAAUUUGGUGGAAAAUGUCUAGGAGAUUUUGUGGAAAUUAAAGAUGGAGGCUAUGAAACAUCACCACUCCUGGGAAAAUACUGUGGCUCAACUACACCUCCAAGAAUCAUCUCUCACAGUAAUAAAUUAUGGUUGCAAUUUAAGAGUGAUGUCGUUUUGUCAAGUUCUGGAUUCUCAGCUUACUGGGAUGGAUCAUUAACAGGUUGUGGGGGCAAUCUCACCACUCCCACUGGCACCUUCACAUCUCCCAACUACCCGAUGCCCUAUUACCACAGCUCCGAAUGCUACUGGUGGCUGAAAGCCAGCCAGGGCAGCCCAUUUGAACUGGAAUUUGAAGAGUUUCACUUGGAGCAUCAUCCUAACUGCACUUUAGAUUAUCUGGCCGUAUAUGAUGGUCCAGGUACCAGCUCUCACCUGCUAACUCAGCUUUGUGGGGAUGAGAAACCGCCUCUGAUUCGUUCUAGUGGAGACAGCAUGUUUUUAAAACUGAGGACGGAUGAAGUCCAACAAGGAGGUGGCUUCCUGGCCAAAUACCACCAGACCUGUGAGAACGUGGUGAUUGUGAAUCGAACCUAUGGCAUCCUAGAGAGUAUACAUUAUCCAAAUCCCUAUUCUCACAAUCAGCGCUGCAACUGGACCAUCCAAGCAACAACUGGCAACACUGUGAAUUACACAUUUUUGGAAUUUGAAUUGGAAUAUCACCUAAACUGCUCCCAUGACUAUUUAGAGAUCUAUGACGGCUCACGGAGGAUAGGGCGCUAUUGUGGAAAAGAUAUGCCACCUUCAGGGAGCACCACGGGCUCGGUUCUUCAAGUGCUGUUCCACACCGAUGGGGUUGGUAAUAAGGAGAAAGGAUUCCAGAUGCAGUGGUUCGUUCACGGUUGUGGUGCGGAGUUGUCUGGGGCCAUGGGCUCCUUCAGCAGCCCUGGAUACCCAAACACGUACCCCCCCAGCAAGGAGUGUAUAUGGUACAUUCACACUGCUCCUGGGAGUAGCAUUCAGCUCACCAUCCACGACUUUGAUGUGGAGUAUCAUGAAAGCUGCAGGUUUGACGUCCUGGAGAUCUAUGGAGGCCCCGAUUUCCACUCUCCCAGAAUAGCCCAGCUGUGUACCCGGAGGUCACCUGAGAAUCCCAUGCAGGUCUCCAGCACAGGACAUGAGCUUGCCAUCCGAUUUAAGACUGACAGCAUGAUCAGUGGGAGAGGCUUCAAUGUCUCAUGGCAGGCUGUCCCUGGAGGUUGUGGUGGGAUUUUCCUGGCUCCCAGUGGAGAGAUUCAUUCUCCAAAUUACCCCAGUCCUUAUAGAAGUAACACUGACUGUUCCUGGGUCAUUCGAGCGGAAAGAAAUCACCGUGUUCUCUUGAACUUCACUGACUUUGAUCUUGAACCUCAGGACUCUUGUAUUAUAGCAUACGAUGGUUUAAGCUCCGCAACUACCCGCCUUGCCCGUGCUUGUGGAAGACAGCAGCUGACUAACCCCAUCACCUCUUCAGGAAAUAGCCUCUUUGUGAGAUUUCAGUCUGGCCCUUCUAGACAGAGCAGGGGCUUCCAAGCUCACUUCAGGCAAGUCUGUGGAGGCUACAUCCUCACCGACUCCUUUGAUACAAUAUCCUCUCCAUUGUUCCCUGCCAAGUACCCAGACAAUCAGAACUGCAGCUGGAUAAUUCAAGCUCAACCCCCAUUCAAUCAUAUCACCCUCUCCUUUACUCACUUUGGACUUGAAAGCAGCACAACAUGCACACAAGACUUUUUAGAAAUUUUGGAUGGCAACUAUGAUGACGCGCCCCUCCGAGGCAGAUAUUGCGGCACCUCCAUGCCCCAUCCCAUUACUUCCUUCAGCAAUGCUCUGACAGUGAGGUUCAUCUCUGACUCCAGCGUGAGUUUUGGUGGUUUCCAUGCUACAUAUGCCGCAUCAUCAUCAGCUUGUGGUGGGGACUUCCACAUGGCUGAAGGCACCUUCGACAGCCCUGGCUACCCUGAAGUUUAUCCCUCUAAUGUGGAAUGUGUCUGGAACAUUGUCAGUUCCCCUGGCAACCGGCUCCAGCUGUCUUUCAUAACGUUCCAGUUGGAGGAUUCUCAGGACUGUAGCAGAGAUUUUGUAGAGAUCCGGGAAGAAAAUGCCACCGGUCACCUGGUGGGGCGAUACUGUGGAAACACCCUCCCCCUCAAUUACUCAUCCAUUGUUGCACACAACCUGUGGAUCAGAUUUGUAUCCGAUGGCUCAGGCAGUGGCACAGGCUUCCAGGCCACGUUUGCUAACAUAUUUGGCAAUGACAAUAUUGUGGGAACUCAUGGGAAAGUUGCCUCUCCCUUAUGGCCUGGAAAUUACCCUCACAACUCUGAUUACCAAUGGAUAGUGAAUGUGAAUGCCUCUCAAGUUGUCCAUGGUAGGAUCUUGGAGAUGGACAUUGAAUCAACACACAACUGCUAUUAUGAUAAGUUAAGGAUUUAUGAUGGCGCUGGCAUUCAUUCUCGCCCCAUUGGAACGUACUGUGGUGCUCAGACUGACUCUUUUAGCUCCACAGGAAGUUCUUUGACAUUUCAGUUUUCUUCUGACUCUUCAGUCUCAGGGAAAGGAUUCCUUCUAGAGUGGUUUGCAGUGGAUGCUGCUGUCGGACCCUUACCUACCAUUGCUACAGGUGCCUGCGGUGGGUUCCUGAGGACAGGAGAGGUGCCAGCCUUUCUUUUCUCCCCGGGCUGGCCCCAAAACUACGGGAACCGGGCUGACUGUGUGUGGCUGAUCCAGGCCCCUGACUCCACAGUGGAACUCAACAUCCUCUCCCUGGACAUCGAAUCUCAUGGAACAUGCAACUAUGAUAAACUUGUGAUACGAGAUGGAGACAAUAACAUGGCCCGGCAGCUGGCGGUUCUCUGUGGCAGAGAGAUCCCGGGACCCAUCCGGUCCACGGGAGAGUUCCUGUGGCUCCGGUUCACCUCGGACUUCAGUGUGACCAGGGCGGGCUUCAAUGCCUCCUUUCACAAGAGUUGCGGUGGAUAUUUGCAUGCAAACAGAGGCAUUAUCACAUCCCCCAACUACCCGGAGACCUACCCUCCCAACCUCAACUGCUCUUGGCACAUCCUGGUUCCCAGCGGCCUGACCAUCGCUGUCCAUUUUGAGCAGCCCUUCCAGAUUGCAAAUGGGGACUCCUCUUGUAACGAGGGGGAUUACCUGGCGCUAAAAAAUGGACCUGACAUCUCUUCUCCACCCAUGGGACCUCAUGGAGGAAAUGGUCAUUUUUGUGGCAGUCGCCCUUCAUCCACUCUGUUCACCUCAGAUAAUCAAAUGUUCGUUCAGUUUAUUUCUGAUAAUAGUAAUGGAGGGCAAGGAUUUAAAAUCAAAUAUGAGGCACAGAGUUUAGGUAACUGUACAUCCAAUUACCUUGAGUUGCGAGAUGGAGCUGAUUCAAAUGCACCAAUAAUUUCCAAGUUGUGUGGUACCUCUUUGCCCAGAAGUCAGUUGUCCUCGGGAGAGGUGAUAUAUUUGAGAUUCCGGACUGACAACAACUCCACUCAUGUGGGAUUCAAGGCCAAGUAUUCUAUAGCCCGGUGUGGGGGAACAUUGACAGGGCAAAGUGGUGUCAUCCAAAGCAUCGGAUAUCCAACACUUGCAUAUUCAGACGAUUUAUUAUGUGAGUGGCAUCUCAGGGGUCCCUCGGGACACUAUCUCACCAUCCAUUUUGAAGACUUUAACCUUCAGAAUUCCUCUGGCUGUGAAAAAGACUUUGUUGAGAUCUGGGAAAACCAUACCUCUGAUUUCUCUCUUACUGCCUCAGGAUUCAGACUACGGUUUGAAUCCAGUCUGGAAGGCUUUGUUAUCUCAGUAAAUAAUAAUUCCAAACUCCUGAUUGCUCAAGUCAAAAACCUUGAUGUCUGUUUUGGAUACCUUUCUCUCACACCUUGUUACAUCCAUAAGCAAGUACCAUUGGCUGUGUUCAAUGGCAUUAGAAGUAACUCACCCGUGCUCGGGAAGCUGUGUAGCAGUGUGAAUAUAAGUGAUGAGAUCAAAUCUUCAGGAAAUACAAUGAAAGUCAUUUAUUUCACUGAUGGGUCCAGGCCAUAUGGAGGCUUCAGUGCUUCCUACACAUCCAGUGAAGAUGCAGUGUGUGGUGGGGCCCUUACCAGUUCCCCGGAAGGAAACUUUACUUCUCCUGGCUAUAAUGGAGUCAGCAAUUACUCAAGAAACCUAAACUGUGAAUGGACUCUCAGCAAUCCGAAUCAGGGAAAUUCAUCCAUUUACAUUCACUUUGAGGAUUUUUACCUAGAAAGUCACCAAGACUGUCAGUUUGAUGUCCUAGAGUUCCGAGUGGGUAAUGCCGAUGGGCCUCUGAUAUGGAGACUUUGUGGACCUGUAGCAUCUACAGUGCCAUUGGUUAUACCUUAUUCUCAGGUAUGGAUACACUUUGUCACCAAUGAACGUGUUGAACAUACUGGAUUCCAUGCAGAGUAUUUCUUUACAGACUGCGGUGGAAUACAAACAGGUGAGAGUGGAGUGAUCGCAAGCCCCAACUAUCCAGCUUCGUAUGACAGCUUGACCCACUGUGCUUGGUUGUUGGAAGUCCCAGAAGGUGACACCAUCACUCUUACGUUUAGUGACUUUGACAUUGAAAGCCAUAGCACCUGUGCUUGGGACUCUGUCACUGUCAGGAAUGGUGGUUCUCCCGGAUCGCCCAUCAUAGGACACUACUGUGGAACGUCAAGCCCCAGCCCAAUCCGGUCGGGCUCUAACCAGCUGGUGGUGAUUUUCAAUUCAGACCAUUCGGUGCAAAAUGGUGGAUUUUAUGCUACGUGGAGCGCGCACACUUUAGGCUGUGGUGGAAUACUUCACUCAGACAACGGUACAAUCAGAUCCCCUCACUGGCCUCAGAAUUUUCCUGAGAACAGCAGAUGUUCCUGGACAGUCAUUACUCACGAAAGUAAUCACUUGGAAAUCAGCUUUGACAAUAACUUCCUAAUCCCCAGUGGUGAUGGACAGUGUCAUUACAGCUUUGUGAAGGUGUGGGCAGGAACGGAGGAGAUGGACAAAGCCCUGUUAGCCACAAGCUGUGGGAAUGUGGCUCCCGGUGCCAUCAUCACUCCAAGAAAUGCAUUCACGGCCGUGUUCCAGUCUCAGGAGGCCCCAGCCCCGGGCUUCUCUGCCUCCUUUGUAAGCCGAUGUGGAAGCAAUUUCACUAAACCUUCAGGCUACAUUAUUUCUCCAAAUUACCCGAAGCAAUAUGACAACAACAUGAAUUGCACUUAUUUCAUAGAGGCUAAUCCUCUGUCUGUGGUCUCCUUGACUUUUGUGUCUUUCCAUUUGGAAGCUCGCUCAGCCGUAACGGGAAGCUGUGACAAUGACGGCCUGCACAUUAUCAGGGGCCACAGCGUAGCCUCCACACCUUUUGCUACCGUGUGUGGUGAUGAGGUCCUGUCUCCUGUUACCAUCUCUGGUCCAGCGCUGCUUAACUUCUACUCUAAUUCGCACACCACCGACUUCGGAUUUAAGCUUUCCUACCAGAUAACCUCCUGUGGUGGUGUGUUCAACUUCUCCACUGGAAUUAUCAAAAGCCCUGCCUAUUCAUACUCAGACUACCCUAACGACAUGUACUGCUUGUAUAACAUCACUGUGAGAGACAACAAAGUAAUUCUGCUCAAGUUCACUGAUUUUGAUGUGGUUCUCUCCACCUCCUGCUCCCAAGACUACCUGGCAAUUUAUGAUGGUUACAACAUCAGUGAUCCCCUUCUUGGCAAAUUCUGUGGUUCCAAGCUUCCACCAAAUGUUAAGAGCAGUAAUAACAGUAUGCUCCUGGUGUUCAAGACAGAUGCAUUUCAAACAGCAAGAGGUUGGGUGAUAACUUUCCGGCAGACACUGGGGCCUCAACAAGGAUGUGGUGGCUAUCUAACAGGCUCCAAUGGCACCUUUGCCUCUCCUGAUUCUGAUGCAAAUGGAAGAUAUGACAAGAAUUUAAACUGCAUAUGGUUCAUAAUCGCCCCGGUAAACAAACUCAUUAAACUCACCUUCAAUACAUUUGCUCUGGAGUCAGCAUCUGCUUUGCAAAGAUGCAUUUAUGACUACGUAAAGUUAUAUGACGGGGAGAGUGAAAACGCCAAGCUGGCCGGAACAUUCUGUGGUUCCACUGUACCCGCUCCCUUUGUCUCUUCUGGGAACUUCCUGACAGUUCAGUUUGUCAGUGACAUAAGUUUAGAAAGGGAAGGAUUUAAUGCCACAUAUACCUUCAUUGACAUGAUUUGUGGUGGAACAUAUAAUGCAACUUGGACCCCACAAAAUAUUUCGUCACCCAAUGCAUCAAACCCAGAUGUCCCACUUACCACCUGCACGUGGGUCUUCGAAGCUCCUGUGCAUCAGCAGGUCGAGAUAACCGUGUGGGCAUUCCAGCUGCAGUCGCGGGACUGCCACCAGAAUUACUUGGAGUUUCAGGACACACCGGAGAGUAGUGGAAAUGCAAGAAUCCACCUCUGUGGCAGAAAUGCAACAGCUGUACCAACAUUCUAUUCUUCUAUGAGCACUGCCAUUGUCAUUUUCAAGUCCGAAGUUUUUAAUGACAACUCCAGAGUGAGUUUUACCUAUCAGAUUGCAGGUUGUAACAGAAACUAUAAAAAGGCGUUUGGCAAUCUGAAGAGCCCCGGAUGGCCUGCUAAUUAUAACAAUGACAUGGAUUGCACUGUUACUCUCACAGCCCCACAGAACCACUCCAUUUCCCUCUUCUUCCACUCCUUUGGCAUCGAGGACUCAAGUGAAUGCAGACAUGACUUCUUGGAGGUAAGAAAUGGAAGUGAUAGCAGUUCGCCAUUACUCGGCACAUAUUGUGGAACUCUGUUGCCAAAUCCUAUCUUCUCUCAAAAUAAUGAACUGUACCUGCGAUUUAAGAGUGAUAGUGCAACUUCCAGUCAUGGAUAUGAAAUUAUCUGGACCUCAAACCCCUCUGGCUGUGGUGGAACUCUUUAUGGCGACCAUGGCUCCUUCACCAGCCCUGGCUAUCCGGGCACUUACCCAAAUCACACUCACUGUGAAUGGGCCAUCACCGCUCCUGCUGGAAGACUUGUCACCGUCAACUUUUACUUCAUCAGCAUUGACGAUCCUGGAGACUGUGUCCAGAACUAUCUUCUACUCUAUGAUGGACCAGAUGUUAAUUCUCCAUCCUCUGGACCAUAUUGUGGCACAGACACUAACAUAGCUCCCUUUGUGGCCUCCUCACAUCGGGUCUUCGUAGAAUUUCAUGCAGAAUAUGCAGUGCGUCCGUCAGCAAUACAGUUAACCUGGGACAGCUGAGGGCGCCACACGGAUUCAGCACCGUGGCUCAUCUGCAGGAGCCUCAGACAUCGCCCUGGACAGAGUUCUGCCAUCCUGAUCCGUGACCCUGCCUAUGCCACUGAGAGUAACUUUAACACUUGUUUUUCACCAAAGAAUGUGUGGAAUCAAUAUUUGUACAUUUUUAAAAGUGUAGAACAUAACUUCCUUAAUUUUGGCUGUGCUCGUCAUUCUUAAUUCUAAUAUUUGAGCUGAAAUGUUCUAAACUUCCCUAAAGAGUUGGAAGUGAUUAUGG